AUGGCGAAGGAAGAAGCAAAGGCAGAGACGCCCUCGUCGAGUGCCGACUCUGGCAUCCAAGUGGCCGACAAGAAGGGCCAUGGUUUCAUUCCAGUGUGGCUCAAGGAGGCGCUCCAUAACAAGCGACAAUGGAAGAACUGGUUCCGAAGCAUGGUGACCACCUUGGCAAUGAUGGUGCUCAUGCUCGAUUCUACCACACUCAAGGCUCUCGGUGCCGCAGCCUUCUUCGGCCUCAUUGCUUCGCAGAUGCUGCCACCCUCGAUGCCGCUCAGUAUUUACUUCUUUGCCAUCGUCACCAUGGGCCUAGGCAUGUUGAUUGGCUGGGCGUGGGGUUGUGCCGCCUGGGCUAGCGCUUUGACUGUCAGGAGCGCGUCUCGACUCGCUCAGCAACAACAGACUGCUGCCGCUGGAUAUGACCCGAACGUCUCAACAGCUCUCCAGUAUCAAGCAAGCAUGUUUGAGGGCGCCUUCCUGGACCCUGCCUCGUCAGCGGUGUUUGGUGUCUUCCUCUUUCUCGGCGCGUACGCCUUUGGAUGGCUGCGUGCAAAGAACCCCAAGAUGACACUUGUUUCCAUCUUUGCAACUAUUAUUCUGGACCUCAUGUGCAGCUUUGGGCCCUUGAUCCCCCUCAAGCAGUUCACCAUUGCCGAACAAUUGUUAAAGCCGGCGGCAGUGUUCAUGGCCUGCGGAGUGGUGGCCACGAUUGUCUUCUUCCCUCAAUCUCUCAACCACCUGCUGCUCAGCUCACUGGUGCACAAGGCUCUUAACCCCUUGCAGCAGCUUCUUGCUCUGCAAGACGACAUCCUUGCCACCAAGCCUUCCGACCACGAAAGGUGGAGCGCACUGGCCCAAAACUGCUACGACUUGCGAGCCGAGUUUGUCGAGGCACAGUCAGGUCUCGAUGGUCAGGCCAAGAUGCUCCAGCUUGAGGUCACUCGUGGACGUAUAUCUCCGGGACAGCUGGGCGAGCUCGUCGCUCGUACCCGUGAACUCGGUGCCCGUGCGUUCGGUCUUGCAUCGUUUGUUCUAAUGGUCGAGGAGCGGCACCAGGGCAUGAAAAUGUUCAAUGAAAAGCCUCUCCCCCACCAUACCAGCACCACAAGGGCUGUUGUCGAACACACCAACCAGCAUGAGAAGGCGUCGCGCCGCGCUCUCGAGGACCUCAUGCCAGAGCUCGACGAGUCGACCCGCGAGCUUCGCCAGGCGGCCAAGGCUGGUCUGGAGAGCGUGUCUCAGUAUCUCGACAUGAUCAACAACCAUCGCUGGAAGAGAACCCCGAAGGACGCCCCCACUAUCGAGUCUCGCCAGGAGACGCUCAAGAACCUCGAGGAUGCUCUUGAAGAGUACCGCAAGAGCAAGCACUUUAACAUUCUGAACGGCUUCCAGGACCUCUUUGACCCCGUCACCGGCAAGCUCAAGCCCACGACUGAAAAGUACCUCGCUAGCCAGGUCCGCGGUCUCUUUCGCUGCUUCACCUUCACUUCGGGUCUCAUCAGCUUCUCCAAGUGUCUCGUCGAGUACAUCCAGUUUGUCCUCGAGCUCGAACAUGGCAACCCCAAGAACAAACUUCAGUUCCCCGGCAAGUUUGUCGCCGCCGCCGUCGAAAAUGUCACCGACUCGACCCAGGACUCUGCCCAGUUUGACUAUUCGGUCCAGGACGACCUCGCCGAUAACGGUUCCCAGGAGGACGAUUCCCGAACCAUCAAGGAUGAGGACCUGCCAAAGGGUGCGCGCAAGAAGAAGACUUACAGGCGCGACCCCGACGCUUGUGCUCCGACCAACCGCUUUCAAAAAGUGGGCCGCGCGAUUAUGCAUAUUGGCAGGGGACUGUCUGGCCCCAACGGCAUCUAUGCGUUCAAGUACGGUUUCAUCUCGAUUGCCCUUUGGAUUCCAGCCGUUACCCACCACAGCGCAAAGUUCUGUUAUGAGAACCGUGGUCUCUGGGCUCUUAUCAUGGCUCAAACGGGCAUGGGCAUCUAUGCCGGUGAAAGCAUCUACAACUUUGUGACCCGUAUGUCCGCAACUAUAAUCGGUGCCGUGCUCGGCAUGGUCGUCUGGUACAUUGGAGCCCAGAAGGGCACGGGUAACCCGUACGGUCUCGCCGCCGCAACGAUGGUCUUUAUUGGCCCAUUCUUGUUUAUUCGUCUCGCCGCUCCCAUGAAGAGCAUGAGCUUCUGGCUCAUGACUGCCGUGACCAUUGUGUUCGUGGUUGGAUACAGUUGGGUCGACGAGAACAUUGCCCAGACUGCCAACCAGGGCUCGGGCGCAACUCUCUCUGGUCGUCGUGCCCUUCUUGUCAUCAUUGGUUUCACUGGUUCAUUCGUUGUCUCGGUCUUUCCCAAGCCCACGUCGGCCAAAAAGCUCGUUCGCCAGGGCCUCUCCAAGAACAUUGCUGCCCUUGGCGAGCUGUUUGGUCUCGAGGUCACAGCCUUUGAGCGCAGCCGCGACGAAGCCGAGGCCAACGUCAAGGAGCGCCGUGAGCGAUACCGCACGCACUUCUUGGCCAUCUUUGGCCGUAUCCAGUCUCUUAAAGCGCGCAUUGGGUUUGCCAGCCUGGAGCCCAACAUCAGGGGAAGGUGGCCAAAGGAGGACUACCUCGCCCUCCUCAAGACCCAGGGCCAGAUGCUCUCAGCAUCCGCGGUCGUGUCGAGCGCCUACUCGCAACUCAACGCAGAGUGGAUCCAACGCCUCACUGAACAAAGCGAUGUGAUGAACCCGUCCUUUAUCGCCGAUUGCUUCUCACUCUUCGCUCUGCUUCGCCACUCGCUUCGCGUCGGAGCGGCUCUCCCGCCCACCAUCCCCAUCUUUGAGCGUCUCAUGUUCUACCGCACCACCGCGGAUGUCAGGACUGCCUACCACGCCAGCAGGUCGCAGAUCAACCUCAACAGCAGGUCCAACCUCAACCUGAAUGGCGGCAAUACAAACCUCGACACCGACGCGUUGUCGGGCCUCCACCUCUCAGUCCCGCAGCCGGACGGCUCUCGUGCGAGCACUCGCCCCAGCACCCCAGGCAGCGGCGCCUCGGGCUACGCCACACCUGGCUCCAUUGCGUCCUCUAUCAAUGGUGGGGACAACGAUGGUGCGUCGUUCACUGGCGACUCCCAGCUGCUCGACAUGGACAUCGCCGUCUUUGACACUUUCCGCCAUGCCCUGACUUGGCAGAACUGUCACGACGAGCAGUUCCCGAUCUUUGCCACUGCCAUCUUGGCGCUCACCCACAUUGUCUCUGGCCUCAACCAGAUGCACAGGACCAUCCUUGAUCUUGUGGGAGAAGUCGAGUUGGACGGCUUUGACUCCGCCGCCGAGCGUUGGGCUAAACAGGACGAGGAUGUGUAG